UGAUGGGUUUGCAAGUCUUAUUCAAGAUACCAAUCGUUGCCCUCGCUGCAAACAGAACUCUGAGUACUAGUAGCAAUUGUGACUCAUACUUGAGCCAUUCGGCCUGUUCCCUUCGGGAGUCGGCCUCAUGGCCUCGCGCCUCCAGCUGUUCUGCCUCCUCAGUUUUUCCUCCAUCUAAGACUGAUAUUAUAUGUGCUGUCGCCUACCCGUCUGCCCAUUCUCCUGCCCAUCCAAUUAGCUACUCACCCGUCCGCGUGCCUUGUCCGUCCACUGACCACCUGCUCGCCUGCCAUCGCGCCGGUAGCGGCGUGGCCAAGGUUCGCCCGCCGCCGCGGGCGGUGUUUGCACACAGUAGCCGUGCGCUCGCGGUCGGCGCGUGUGUUGUGCUGCACGUCGUCGCGUCCUUUGCCCACAGUCAGCUCGCUUGCUCGCACGCGUUUGCACUCACCUUCUUUAGGGUCUGCCUAGGGGAGGCUGAUUUGGCCCCAGGCCGCACUGGCAUCGAAGGUGAGUAACUCGCCCAAGUCGGAAAUCGAGUCAAA